CUGUGCCGCUGCCGUCUUCUUCAGUCCGCCCGGUUGGCUGCUGGCUGUGCACCGCCUGACAGGAGAGAGGAUAUCCGGAUAGAGCAGCACACGUCUGCAGCGGAUCUGCACCUGUGCUGCGCACACCGACUGUGGAUUUAGUGCGAGAGACACAAGUUGAGAGCGACACGAAGCUGCAACACCCAACACGGUCAGAGGUUUAUGAAAGCAGAAGUGUGAUUGUCCGGAGAUGAUGUCCAUGCAAAUGAGUGAGGCGAACAGUGUGGUGAAAGUGGCCGAGUGGCAGCAGACCUACUAUGCAUCAGACUCCGGCAUCCAAUCGGGCGCCACCACCGUGCGUGAUGAUGACAGCAGUACUGGGUACAGUGGCAGUAAGAAGUACACAAGCAAUAUAACGAGUACUACCACUGCACCUGCUACCGCCAUGGCUGAAGGAGGAGCAGCUGGUGAAGGAGAAGGACCCACAGAUUUAGAUGCUCAGUACUCACUAACCCGGGCUCAGCGUGUCAGGGCUGCCAUGUUUCCAGAGACGCUGGUGGAGGGAGAGGUAGCCAUGCCUGUCCAGUCAGAUCCCACACAACAGAGCAACGUGCAAAGAUUGGCUGAGCCAUCACAGUUACUAAAGACAGCUAUAGUCCACCUGAUAAACUACCAGGAUGAUGCAGAGCUGGCAACGAGAGCAGUGCCGGAGCUCACUAAGCUGCUUGCAGAUGAUGAUCCGGUUGUGGUGAACAAGGCAGCCAUGAUAGUCAACCAGCUCACCCGUAAGGAGGCCAGUCGGCGGGUUCUGGUGCAGUCACCGACCAUGAUAGGAGCCGUGGUUCGCGCCAUGACAACAACAGUUGACAUGGAGACAGCUCGUUGUACGGCAAGCGUCCUCCACAGUCUGUCACACCAGAGCGAGGGACUGCAGGUCAUAUUCAAGUCCGGAGGGAUACCCGCACUGGUUCGCAUGCUGAGUUCACCGAUGGAGUCCGUUUUAUUUUACGCCAUAACCACCCUUCACAAUCUGCUGUUGCACCAAGAGGGUGCCAAAAUGGCUGUGCGUCUUGCUGAUGGCCUACAGAGGAUGGUGCCCUUACUGAAGAAGAGCAACCCAAAGUUCCUGGCCAUUACUACAGACUGCCUGCAGCUCUUGUCUUAUGCCAACCAAGAGAGCAAGCUCAUCAUACUUGCCAAUGGGGGCCCAGAUGGCCUGGUAUUCAUCAUGAGGAACUACAAUUAUGAGAAGCUGCUGUGGACCACCAGUCGCGUGCUCAAAGUUCUGUCUGUUUGUCCUAGCAACAAGCCUGCUAUAGUAGAAACUGGUGGUAUGCAGGCUUUGGGUCAGCAUCUCACCGGAUCAAGUCAGCGUCUGAUUCAGAACUGUCUGUGGACACUCCGUAACCUGUCAGAUGCCGCAACCAAGCAGGAAGGGUUGGAUGGUCUGCUGCAGAUAUUAGUCACCCAGCUGAGCUCAGAUGAUGUCAACAUGUUGACCUGCGCAACAGGCAUCUUGUCCAACCUCACCUGUAACAACUCACGCAACAAGACUCUGGUGACUCAGUUUGGUGGUGUGGAGGCUCUGAUCCAUGCUGUGCUACGUGCUGGGGAGAAGGAGGAUGUUGCCGAGCCAGCAGUUUGCGCCCUGCGUCACCUCACGUCCCGCCACCAAGACGCUGAGCUGGCCCAGAAUGCUGUGCGGCUGCACUAUGGUGUCCCUGCUGUUGUCAAGCUGCUAGGACAACCACACUAUUGGCCUGUUGUAAAGGCUACCGUUGGCCUCAUCCGAAACCUUGCACUGUGCCCAGCCAAUCAAGCCCCACUUAGGGAUGCGGGGACGAUCCCGCGAUUGGUCAACCUACUGUUAAAAGCUCACCAGGACACACAGAGGCAUGCCUCCUCGUCCCAGCAAACAUAUCAGGAUGGUGUUCGUAUGGAGGAAAUUGUAGAGGGCUGCACAGGAGCACUUCACAUUCUGGCCAGAGAUCCUAUAAACAGAGGAGAGAUCGCCAGCAUGCAGACAAUACCACUGUUUGUGCAGCUGCUGUACUCGUACGUGGAGAAUGUGAAGCGAGUUGCUGCAGGAGUUCUGUGUGAAUUAGCUCUGGACAAACAUUCUGCAGAACUCAUUGACGCAGAGGGAGCGUCAGCGCCGCUCAUGGAGCUGCUGCACUCCAACAAUGAGGGAAUCGCCACCUACGCUGCAGCAGUGCUAUUUCGAAUUUCAGAGGACAAGAGCUCAGAUUAUAGGAAAAGAGUGUCAGUGGAGCUCACACACUCGCUCUUCAAACACGACCCAACUGCCUGGGAAAUGGCCCAUUCAGUACCCCUGGAACCCACAUACUUGGCUGAUGAGUUAGAUGGAGCCUACCCUCCGUAUGGCUACGCUGACCUGCCUCUGGACACUCUGCCAUUAGACCCUGACCUCCAUGAGUCCUACAUGUCUGAGAUGACCCACGACCCAAGGCAGGCCUACCCUGAACCCCUCUAACAGGAAUGCACACUGGAAUCCAAUCGAUGAUCGAAUAAACAAAUCACAGACAGAAAGGACUGGGGGAAUUUACGGAGGAAGAAAGCUACUGAAGGUCUUAAUGACAAGGAGAAUCAAAGCUUUUCAUCCUUUUCUGAGGUGGAAAAUCUCCCGUUUGGCAAUCAGAAACUUUCAGAAGACAGUUUCUUGAAAGUGGUUUAUUGUUUGGUGUAAAUAACACAACUGUUACUUUGGUAUGAUGUCUUACAGUGGGGUGAAAGUGUACGUCGGACUGUCUGGCACUGUUACACGGGUAGUAACUUUUCAAAGCAAUCACAUUCGGCACGUUUCAUUGACAGUUUGGGACAUGCAAGACAAGCAUUUAGCUUGUAUUUUCAAAAUGAAAAAGUAUAACUAAGUACUAAGUUCCUAGUGUAAUCUUAGCUGAGCUCUUCACUUGUGUUCAACCAUGAUCUACCAUACAUUAAUUUUGUUUUCUAAACAUCCAGGUUACAUUUCUGAACUGAAGGUAACAUGGACAUUUCGUUCCUUAACUGGCAUUAUUGUAAGCCCAAUUAGCUACUAAAUGCUACCCGUGUAUCCCUGUUGUCUUUUAGAUGUCUCCUCUGUAUAUUGACUGUGCACAUGUCCCAGGGUGUCCAUAUGUGGUUAUUGCAUGGUAGUGUAAUGUGUCUACAUUGACAAACUGUUCACCUUUGCAUACUGAGAAACACAUGAGGAAAUGAGGAGAGUUACAUGUACAGUCAAACCAUGGUUUUGUUAGUAAUUUGUUCCAAAAAGUAAGGCAAAAACAGAAAUGCACAAAAAUCCAAGAAAUGUUUCCCAUAGCAAAUAAUGUAAAUAUAAUUAAUCGGUUACAGACACCCAAAAAAAUCUCUUCCUCACCAGGAUGAAACUUAUCGUCGAUGCAGACUUCCCGUACAUCCUGGCUAGUACUUUGCUACGAGUAUUUUCUUCAGUUCAAUAAUGUUUCAAACUGUUGGCACUUACAACUUUAUGCAGUUAUUUAGCAAUCACACAAACAAAAGCACAGAACUGAGUCAGUGGGAUGCUUUGUUUGGGCACAAAUUCCAUGGAAUGAUACGCGGGCAAACUAGUUUGUUACGCGCAAUGUUUGGCUGGAAAAAACCCGACACUGGGGCGAAAUUUUGGCAAACAUUUUCUUUGAAAACUGAAUCCUACAAAAAGGGUGACAUGCGAAAAGCGACAUUUGACUGUAUUUGCAAUAUGUUGAACACUUAAAAAAAUAAAAAUAAACAUUGUAACAUUCAUUGGGUCAUUGUCCGUAAAGAGAAAAUCUGGUCAGAUAUCCAGAAAAAUAUACACUAAUGCCCCUGGAACAUCCCUAAAGGGAAUAUCGGGUCAGAUAUCCAGAAAAAUAUACACUGGAACAUCUUUGACUACAAAGUCUGUACCACAGUUUUUCACAGCUUUCAUGGGGAGAUAUUGUGAAUUAACAACUGUAGCAAGAUUGUACUUAAAACCUUUUUGUAUAUAAAACAACCGACAUUUGUAUUGGGGCUGUGCCAAUGAUAAAAUGUCUUCUGUUGAAACUGUAUGCCACUGUCCAUUGAGUAGUGGUGGGAUUGAAGCUCUAAAACAAAGUGACUGCAGAGUACGCAUAUUUCCUGUGUACUAAAUAUGCAGGACUGUUGGGGCAAAACAUCUUACAUCAAGAUCAAUUCUGGUUGUAAUGUUUCUACCGGUAUUUUUGGUUGCAAAAUGCAAUGGAACCCAUUUAUGUUGACAACCCGUCUAUGUCGACCAACACAUCAAGUCCCGAUCCACCAUCUCGCGAGCAUCUUAAACGCUUAAGGCACCGUAGACAUACUGUACAACCUAGGUUCCCAAAGUGGGGUACGCCAAUUGUCAUUGGGGGUACGUGAAUAAAAGUGAAAAACAAUUAGCGCCUAACACAAUUACUAGCGCACUGUCAUAGCAGAAAGAAGGAAGGAGACACGGCAUGAAGUUCUUCAUUGCUCUGUGUGAGUUCUAUGAAUAAGUAAGUUUGAUGAUUAUGUUGUGUAUUAAAAGUGUUUCAUCUUGAAGGUUUAAUUUAUGUUGGUGUUCCAAUCCCCACACUGUGAAAACCUGUCCAUGUACGUGCGUGUCAGGAUGAGAGUGGAGAUUCCCCUGAAAAUGAGGCUUUAUCGCCGCUUGUAUGUAUUUUUGUAUUUUGGAUGCUGCGUGUUUGAUGCUGUCAUGUUUGUUCAACUUUCCCUUUCAAUUUGGUAUCAAAAUUAUAUGCAGAUUUAAAUCAUGGCGAUUGCAGGUGGACAGAAGCGAAGAUCAAGUUCAACCCAUUCAAAGGGAAGGAACUUAGAUUCUAUAUUUAUCUCCAAGAGAACUUCACAUCUUAUCUAUUCAUCAUUGCUCAUGUGAAACUUUUGUCAAAAUUUGACCAUGCACAAUACACAUUUUUGAACCAGAAUUAUCUACUAGAAAAUGAAUUAACCAAUUAAUCAUGUUUCAUGUUUCAAUUUAAUGAAAUGUAACAAUGGUUUAUGUUUUUUAAGUGUGUAGCAGUAGGGGGUACAUGGCUUCAAGUCAAAUGUCUGAAGGGGUACGCGACUGUAAAAAGCCACUGCUGUACAUGGUCAACCGCUUUUAAAACAAGGGGUCCAUUCCAUUUUCUUCUGCUUAUCCUGGUCUAGGUUGCGGGGGCAGCUGUCUCAGUAGGGAAGCUCAGACUUCCCGUUUUCCAGCCACCUUUUCCUGUUCCACCAGGAGGACCCCAAGGCAUUCCCAGGCCAGCUGUAAAACAUAAUCCCUCAAGCGUGUCCUGGGUCUUCCCCGGGGCCUCCUACUGGGCAUGCCAGGAGGCAUCUGGAGUAGAUGCCCAAGCCACCUCAAAUGGCUCCUCUCAAUGUGAAGGAGCAGCAGCUCUACUCUGAGCCCCUCUUGAGCUCCUCACCCUAUCUCUUAGGGUGAGUCCAGCCAACCUAUGGAGGAAACUCAUAUUACUGCAGACGUUGCGCCAACCCACCUGUCGACCUCUGUCACUCCUGAAUAAAAAAAAAAACCCUCAGAUACUUGAACUUCUCAACCUGGGACAAGACCUCACGCUCAACCCAGAGAGGGUUCAAUCCACCGUUUUCACAAAAAUUCUGAACAGAAUCGGUGACAAAGAGCAGCCUUGGCGGAAGCCAAUGUUCAUCGGUAACGGGCUCGACUUACUGCGAGCCAUGCGAACCGGGCUCCUGUUCUGUUGUAGGACCAAAUGGCAAGUAGUAGUGCGCCACCGAUCCCGUACUUCUGGAGCACCCCUCAAAGGACACUGCGAGGGACACGGUCCAAUGUCUUUUCCAAGUCCACAAAGCACAUGUAGAUAGGAGUCCUUUUUCAGCUUAACAGCAACCCUAACCGCUGGUGUCCACCAUUGGGUUUGAGGUUUGCCGCCACGACUAGCACCAACCACCUUGAGGCCACAGCUCCGAUGGGCUGCCUCAGCAAUGGAGGCACAGAAUUCUGACUUGAUACACUCAUCCUCACCCGGGAUGCAGGUGAAGCUCUGCCGGAGAUGAGAGUUGAAGACUCGAUGAACAGGAGACUCUGCCAGAUGUUCCCACCACAACCUCACUACACUUUUGGGUCUGCCAGGUCUGUCCGACAUCCUCCACCGCCAUCUAAUCCAAAUCCAAUAUCAGUUGACAGUUCGUACCCUGUCUUUACCCGCAUCCAGAACAUGUGGAUGCAGGUUUGAUGACAUGACGACAAAGUUGAUCAUAGACCUGUGGCCUAGGGUGUCCCGGUGCCAGGUGAACUAAGCGACAUCCUUAUGUUUUAAUGUGGUGUUUGUUAUGGACCACUGUGGCUCACAAUAAAGUCCAAUAACAUUACAUUGCACAGGUUCACAUCGGGGAGCCCGUUCCUCCCAAUCGCACCCCUUCAGGGCACACUGUCAUUGCCCACAUGGGCACUGAAGUCUCCCAAUUGGACUACGGAACCACCAGCAGAGAUUUUUUCCCUCACCCCCUGAUAGACUGUAAGAAGGCUGGGUACUCUGAGCUGCCAUUUGGCAUGUACACUCAAAUCACAGUGAGGUCCCUUUCCCCAACCCGAAGGUGUCGGGAAGUGACCCUCUCAUUCACUGGGGAUGAAUCCAACACAGAAGCACCGAGCUGGGGGGCUAUUAAUAAACCCAGUCCAGCUCACCGCCUCUCCCCUGUGGAAACUCCAGAGUCCAUCCCCUCUUGAAGAGUUUGGUUCCAUAACCCAAACUGUGGGUCGAGGUGAGUCUGACUAUGUCUAGCCAGAAAGUCUCAACCUCUCGCUGAAGCUCAAGCUACUUCCCCACCAGAGAAGUGACGUGCCAUGUCCCAAGAACCAGAUUUAGCUGCCAAAGACCAUCGCCCAGGUGCCUGCCCUCGAUCACCACCCAAUACGCAAGGCACCGGACCCUUAUGCUUGCCCCCGCAAGGUGGUGGGUCUGGGUGGGUGGGAUCCCAUGUGGCUUCUUCGGGCCCUGGCCGUGCCCCACUGAUGAAGGCCCGACCACCAGGCGCUCGCCUGCAAGCCCCUCCCCCGGGCCUGGCUCCAGGGUGAGGCCCCCGGUGAAUCAGUCUUUGUCUGGCCCUUCAAAAGGGGUCAUUUCUAUGAAAAGUUGGUUCGUUUAUGUGGACGUGUUAUUGUUAACGUCAUUAUUAUCGCCUAAAUGUCAAAAUCAAUACAAACGAAGAAGUGUGAAAUGGGCAACAGGAGAAAAGAACUGUACUUACCUUCAAAGUCUUUCUUUUGUCGCAGUAGACAAAAAAGAAGUAGUUCUUUCAUUCCCCAUUUCGUACCUGACAAAAUACACCCAUUUAAUUUAUUUGGCAAAAAUGGAGGAAAUAACAUCCACAAACUGAAAAGCUUUAAAAAUCCUUUAUUUUAACCCAUUCUCCUCAUGUCUCUGGCAAAGGUCCAAAGUAAAUGUGCAAGCAAUGGCUGUUGUCGGUUAUGUCGACAACUGGUUAUGGCGAUGUGAGUCAACCAUUCUGAUGUAUGUCGACUUAAACAGGUUCCACUGUACCCACCAAAAGCAGUACAAACCCUACAUUUGAAAAAAGCACAACUACAAAUAACUGCAAUUGCUCUGAGCAUUUAUCACAGUUGUUGUGUACCUUAACUCAAACUGUAUUAAAUCUCUUAUUU